CUGAACGAAAGAACAGUCGCAGCAACAUGCCACCCGUAGAGAAACAGACGGAGCAAGAGUUGACGAUCGACGACUCCACCGUCGUCGAGAAGUACAAAUUAGCCGGAGAUAUUGUGAACAAAAUCCUUCAAACAACAAUCCGUGCCUGUGUGGUCGGAGCUUCGGUGAAAGAACUAUGUCGGAAAGGCGAUCAAAUGUUGGCGCAAGAAGCUGAGAAGAAAUAUAAAAAUGAAGAAGGCAUGAAAAAGGGCGUUGCUUUUCCGACGUGCCUCUCAGUAAACAACUGUAUAUGCCAUUUCUCACCAGCGCGCAAUGAUACGGACUACCUACUGAAGGAGAACGAUGUCGUCAAGAUCGACAUGGGGGCUCACAUCGACGGAUUCAUUGCAGUGUCGGCGCACACGAUCGUGGUGGGUGCGACACCCGAGAACAAGUGCAAGGGUCGACCGGCAGACGUCGUUCUAGCAGCUUAUCAUGCCAGUCAGGCCGCGUUACGAUUGUUGAAAGACGGCACCGGCAACUACGCGGUUACUGAGGCUGUGCAGAAGAUCGCGGCCGAUUUCAAGUGCAAGCCAAUCGAGGGUAUGCUAAGCCAUCAGUUGAAACAGUUCAAAAUUGACGGUGAAAAGACUAUCAUUCAGAAUCCGACAAUAGCACAAAAGAAGGAGCACGAAAAGUGCGAGUUCGAAAAAUACGAAGUGUACGCGAUGGACGUGCUGAUCAGCACUGGCGAAGGACUCGGCAAGGAACUCGAUACCCGGGUGUCUAUCUAUAAGAAGACGGACGAAAAUUACCAACUUAAGCUGAAAGCAUCGCGUGCGUUUUUCGGAGAGGUCAAAAAGAAGUACGGAUCAAUGCCGUUCAAUUUGCGGAACUUCGAAGAGGAGGCAAAGGCCAAACUAGGUGUCAACGAAUGCGUUGCACAUAAAAUGGUUGAACCUUUCCAAGUAUUAUAUGAGAAGCAUAAUGAAUAUGUUGCUCAGUUCAAAUACACGGUUCUCGUCCUUCCGAACGGAUUGAAAGUUGUGACAGGCUACCCAUUUGAUGCGACGUGCUACGAGAGUGAGCACAGCGUACAAGAUGAGGAUAUGAAGAAGCUGUUAGCCUCGGAGUUAGUAUUGGCGACCUCUAAAAAUGCUCUUAGCUCCGGUAAGGACAAGAAGAAGCGACGCAGGAGAAAUAAGAACAAAGGGGGGGCAGCUGCAGGAGCGGCAGAUGACGCUGGUGAUGAAGAUGCCGAUGGUGACAGUGGUGAAGAAGACGUUGCAACUGAUAAGAAGGAACAGAAAGCAUAACAGUAACAUGCCGUCGUUAAUGUUAAUGCGCCUAUACGAUAAAAUCCGAUGUCAAGCAUCCGUCAGACAAGUCUCUGCGUAUCCUCUCCAAUCCGUACUGAUCCAUGCAUGCUUUUGAUUCAGGCGUAACUAUUUCGUACCCCAUUUUCCUCGUACAGCACUGCCUUUAAAAGAGAAAGAGAAGAGAAUGCGUAGCGCAUCUAAAAGCUACAAAAACAUACUUUUCCCGGCAAAUGUGCGUAAGACACUUGGUUCUAAAAAUAGAACUUUAGUCAGGCAAAAUUGCAUAGCGCCAUCUAGCGGCUGGUCCAUCUUUUUAAAGUUUGAAUGCGUCGUGCAAACUGGAGUUUGACGUUUAAUACAAGAGGAAAAACCGCAAAUUUACUUGUAGCGAAUGUGUUUUUCUUAUCUCUGUGUUUUGUUUUCCAUUUCCAAUUACUAUUGUACAUCUACCUGUCACCAGCAGCAAUAGAGAUAGUUCAUUCAUAUGUGGUGUGUUCUAUAAUUCUUCAACUUGAAGAAUUUUUUAAGCUAGGGAGAUGG